UUGUGCAUUUAUUGCUGAUAGUGAUCAGGCUUUUAAAUGCUCACGGCCAAACAGCACCAACAUGCAACCAAGAUGGCGUUAUCUGUUAGAGCACUCACCGCGGCUCCUCAGCUUCUUCUUCUUCCUCUGCUUCUUUCUGUGUCGCUUGUAAUUGUGAAUGGCGACGGAAGAACCAGGCCGCUGUUGCCGGUUAGGAGCACCAUCAUGAACAGCGCAGCUGAAGGUGAUGCUGGUGCACUUCCUUCCCCAUCUCCGGCUGGGUUGUGCUUAAAAGUCGGGGACUAUGGAUACACAUGCCAAGAAUACAAGGUGACCACUGAAGAUGGAUACAUCCUUAGCCUGAACAGGAUCCCCACAGGAGGACAACCAGUCUUGCUGCAACAUGGCGUGCUUGUGGAUGGAAUGACGUGGUUGGUAAAUGGGAUGAACCAGUCCUUGGCUCUCGUCUUGGCCGAUGCAGGAUAUGAUGUUUGGAUCGCUAACACUCGGGGGACUCGAUGGAGCAGAGGCCACAUUUCCCUGGACCCAGCUCAACGGGAAUAUUGGGAAUGGUCAUGGGAUGAACUGGCGAAGUUUGAUCUCCCUGACACCUUCAACUUCGUUUAUUCUCACACAGGGCAGAAACUCCAUUAUGUUGGUCAUUCCCUCGGUACAUUGAUCGCAUUGGCAUCCUUCUCUCAACACAAACUGGUAGACAAGCUGAGAUCGGCGGCGCUGCUGUCGCCCAUUGCUUAUUUAAGCCACAUGACCACUCCGGUUGGCCAAUCCGCCGCCAAGUCCUUGAUUGGUGAGGUUCUCAUCAAGUUGGGACAAUUUAAAUUUGAUCUUAGAAGUGAGGCGGUUGUUAACAUUCUCAAGUUAGUCUGUGCAAAAGCACCGGGAGCGGACUGCUACGACAUGAUGACUUCUUUCACCGGCAAAAAUUGCUGCCUCAAUUCCUCCACAGUGGAUGUAUUCUUGAGGAAUGAGCCUCAGCCUACCUCAACAAAGAACAUGGUUCACCUGGCUCAGAUCGUUCGACACGGAACAAUUGCGAUGUACGACUACGGCAUACACGAGAACCUGGCACAGUAUGGACAGAUUGAGCCACCGAUCUACAACAUGUCAGGCGUCCCGAACGACCUGCCACUCUUCCUCAGCUACGGGGGACAGGACGCACUCUCGGACAGUUUGGACGUGGAGCUGCUUCUUGCUACACUCGGUACGUCUGUUCGAGGGGACGACCUCGUCGUCCAGUUCGUGCGGGACUAUGGGCACGCCGACUUCGUCAUGGGCACCAAUGCCAAACACGAUGUCUAUGACUUUGUGAUUGAGUUUUUUAGGCGCCACUAAUGAUGACGAUAACAAUGACUCACAGGGCGUUUGACAACAGAAAGAGUUGGACAUAUUCAUGAAACA